AUGGUGAUGUCUUUGGAAGAAACCAUUUCAACUGGUAUCGGUGGUGGUGCUGCAGAAGUCAGCAAGGCGCAUUUACUGGAGUCCAAGAUUGUCGAAUCUAGUGUUCAGGUGACGAGAGAAACUCUGAUUACUGAGAUGACCGAUGAUGGUGGUGCUCCUACUGAGAAGAAGACUGAUGCCACCACUGCUGAUAUACUCCCUCAGAAACACGAGAUAGAGGCAACUGAAUCGGUUGAAGUCAAAAAACAGAAGAUCGAUCAUGUUCUCCCAACGGUGGACCUAUCUAAUCCAGCUCCUAUACCAACGAUUGAACCAGAUAUGGAUCACCUUCCAGAACAUCCAAUGCCCCCACAUCAAAAGCGCCAUGCUCUCACAAUUAUGAAAGCCAUCAAGAGGCUAAAGGAUGCUGGUCCUUUCUUGAAACCAGUGGAUAUAGUUAAGCUGAACAUUCCAUUUUAUUAUAAUUAUAUUAAGAAGCCUAUGGACUUGCUGACGAUGGAGAAGAAGAUACAGGUUGAUGCGUACGAAGCCCCAAAACAGCUGGUAGACGACUUCGAGCUGAUGGUACAGAACUGCUUUAUUUUCAAUGGCAAGAACUCUGUCAUUUCGCAGAUGGCACGUAACAUUCAGGCCAGCUUUGAAAAACAUAUACUACAUAUGCCGCCAAAGGAUGCUCCUGCGGAAUCUACGCGCCGGCGUAGAUCGACAUAUGAUUCAGAUGUGCCGAAACUACGCAGAGAUAGUGCAUCGGAGAAUGGUCGUCCUAAAAGAGAGAUCCAUCCUCCUAAAUCGAGGGAUAUGCCGUACGAUUUUCGUCCAAGACGUAGAAAGAUGACACCAGAGUUGAGAUUUUGUCAGCAGCUUUUAAGGGAGCUGAUGUCCAAGAAGUAUGAUGCCAUUUCGUAUCCAUUUCUGGAACCGGUUGACCCUGUGGCACUCGAAUGCCCGAAUUAUUUCAAUGUGAUCAAGCAUCCUAUGGACCUUGGAACGGUGGCAAAGAAGAUGGAAGAUGGUGAGUAUACAACGGCGGAAGAGUUUGAGAAGGAUGUCCGUCUAGUUUUUUCCAACUGUUACGCUUUCAAUCCAGAGAGUAGUGCCGUGAACAUGAUGGGUCAUCGAUUCGAGACUGUAUUCAACGAGAAGUGGGUUAACAAACCACUUCCAGAAGAUGAAGAGACAAGAUCGUCGUCGUCGCAUGGACAUGGAAGUGGAAGUAGUGGAGUUAGAGGAGGAGAAGAUGAUGAAGAUGAAGGAGAAGAGAUGGAUGAAGAUGAAGAAUUUGACGUGGAUAUGAAUUCGAUCACAGAUCCAACUAUCGAAUUUCUACUCGCCAACAUUGACAGACUACAAAAAGAUUUGAAGAAGAUGCGGCAAGAAAAGUACGAGCAAAUGAAGAAGGAAUGGCUCAAGAAGCAUCAUUCUUCGAAGCGAGGAAAGAAACGGCGUAGAAAACGGUCGAAGGCAAACGGAUCGACGGGAAUCUAUCCUACGCACGUUACCUACGAGAUGAAGAAGGAGAUCUCGGAUGCAAUGUCUACUAUUAACGACAAGCAACUGAAGAGUGUGAUUGCCAUCAUUAAGGAAGGUGUUCCAGAUUUGGCUGACGACGAUGAGAUUGAGUUGGAUAUGGAUCAAAUGAGUAAUACUACUUUACUCAAGUUGUAUAACUUUGUGGUGAAGGGUAAAGCCACCAAGCAAAGAAAGAGAAAAGGUGCUCAAAGUGAAGAAGAGAAGAUUAAUAGCUUGAAAAAGAAGCUUCAGCAGUUCGAAGAUGCCGAAGACGAAGAAGAUUCUGCCUCUUCUUCCGAUGAAGAUGGUGAAGGUGAUGAAGGUGACGAGGAUGAGAGCUCGGAGGAAGAGUGA